UCUGCUGUUAAAUGGACACGGGCGCACACAAACACGCACGCACACACACCCCUCUACUGUUCCACUUUACCCCGCCGUCGAGGACUUGCAGCCUCCGGAGGACCAAGGAACCACAAGCCUGGUGGAAGGAGUCUCGGGGAUCCCCUCUGGACUCGGAGUUUUAUCCCUCACCUCGUCUUUUUGUCAGGAGACGGAGGCCAGCACCCGCGCGUCCACGUGGGCGCCCCAGCGCCGCCGCAGCAGUUGUAGCAAGUUUAGUCAUCCUCCAUUUAUCUGGGGCAACCAAGAAAGGAACGGAAAAGCAAACCUCCUCAGAAACACAGAAGUCAGUGCAGUGUGGAACGUGGACAAAACAUGCAGAGGGAGGUGUUUUUACUUCCCCCAAUUAUCCCAGCAAGUACCCCCCUGACCGGGAGUGUGUCUACAUCAUAGAAGCUGCCCCAAGACAGUGCAUUGAACUUUACUUUGAUGAAAAGUACUCUAUUGAACCGUCUUGGGAGUGCAAAUUUGAUCAUAUUGAAGUUCGAGAUGGACCUUUUGGCUUUUCUCCAAUAAUUGGACGUUUCUGUGGGCAGCAGAAUCCACCUGUAAUAAAAUCCAGUGGAAGAUUUCUGUGGAUUAAAUUUUUUGCGGACGGAGAGCUGGAGUCUAUGGGCUUUUCAGCUCGAUACAAUUUCACACCUGAUCCUGACUUUAAGGACCUUGGAGUUUUGAAACCAUUACCAGCCUGUGAGUUUGAGAUGAGCGGCCCUGAAGGAAUUGUGGAGUCUGUACAAAUCAUGAAGGAAGGCAAAGCUUCUGCGAGCGAGGCCGUGGACUGCAAGUGGUACAUCCGCGCACCUCCGCAAUCCAAGAUCUACUUACGAUUCUUGGACUACGAGAUGCAGAAUUCGAAUGAAUGCAAAAGGAAUUUUGUGGCUGUGUACGAUGGGAGCAGCUCCGUGGAGGAUUUGAAAGCAAAAUUCUGUAGCACGGUGGCCAACGAUGUGAUGUUGAGGACGGGGCUUGGGGUGAUCCGCAUGUGGGCAGACGAGGGCAGUCGGAACAGCCGGUUUCAGAUGCUCUUCACAUCCUUUCAAGAACCUCCCUGUGAAGGCAACACCUUCUUCUGCCAUAGUAAUAUGUGUAUUAAUAACACAUUGGUCUGCAAUGGGCUCCAGAACUGUGUAUAUCCUUGGGAUGAAAACCAUUGUAAAGAGAAGAGGAAAGCCCACCUGCUGGACCAGCUGACCAACACCAGUGGCACCGUCAUCGGCGUCACCUCCUGCGUCGUCAUCAUCCUCAUCAUCAUCUCCGUCAUCGUGCAGAUAAAACAGCCGCGGAAGAAAUACGUCCAGCGGAAGGCCGACUUGGACCACACCGUCUUCCAGGAGGUGUUUGAGCCUCCGCACUACGAGCUGUGCACGCUGCGAGGGUCGGCAGCCGCGGUGGACUUUGCGGAGGUGGGAGACGACCUGGACGGGUACCACAAACUGCGCAGGUCCUCCUCCAAGUGCAUGCACGACCAUCACUGUGGGUCCCAGCUGUCCAGCGCGAAAGGCAGCCGCAGUAACCUCAGCACAAGGGAUGCUCCCCUCCUGGCGGACGCGCCCCCCCAGCCCGUCAAGCCCCUUAUCCCGCCCGUGAGCAGGAGGAACAUCCUGGUGAUGAAACACAGCUACCCGCAGGACGCGGCGGACGCCUGUGACAUCGAUGAGAUCGAGGAGGUGCCCACCACCAGCCACCGGCUGUCCCGGCACGAGAAGGCCGUCCAGCGGUUCUGCCUCAUUGGGUCUCUAAGCAAACAUGAAUCUGAAUACAACACAACUAGGGUCUAAAAAGAAAAUUCAAGAGAAGAACUAUUUGUACAAACAUGGGGACUGUGAAAAGAAAAUUCUGUAAUGAGUUGUGAAAAGUGGACAUAUUUCUAAAUUCAUUCCACUGCCUUUAUCCAAACUUAAGAAUUGCAGACAUUUGUCAUUCCUUCGGCAAGACAUCCCCGCUGCACAAUGAUACGUUCAUUUCGUAAUUUGGUUGCUGGUCACCAAGUGCUCCUUAGUCUAUAAAUACAUUUUGAGAUUUACCGGAAACUUGAAGAAGAAAUUAGUUCCUGAUUAAGACUAUCCCCAAGUUUAUUUUUACUGUCAAUUUCUCUUUUGUUUCUAUGUUGUUUUAUGUCUUUGUUAUAUACUUGUACAUGCGUGAUAUGUGAGAAAACGAUUUUGGAUGAACUUUCUGUUACCUGUACAUUGUUUUCAUUAUAUAGACUGCUUGAGAAUAGUGCGUUGAUGGGUGAUUUUGAACAUGCUACAGUGAAAAGUGAAAAUAUGGACGAUGGAAACACCAGCUAGAGGUUUUAUGGACUAUAAACAUCUAUUGUCAUAUUAUGAGGAAAUGAAGCGAAAAGUGAUGAGUAAAAUUACUAGAUUGCAAUAAGAAAAAUUUUCUCUCUCUUUUUUAUAUAUUUUUUUUCUUUUUUGGUCUUUCCUAUAUACCCUCAAUUUCCUUUUUGUUUUAUAUAAAAGAAAGAUACCGAGUUUCAGAAAUAGUUUUUGAAAUCAGGUAUUUUACCAUGUGGACCCUAUGAUAGAAUUUUUUUUAAGCACUAAGCAAUAUGACUGAAUUGACAGUGUGAGAAAAUAACCUGCAUGUCAGUACUGGAUUUUUUGAGUUGGAGAAAUAUCCUUUUUAUUGGACACAUUGUAAAAAAGCAUGCAUUCUCAAAUACUGAUGUUACUCUUCCAUUUCUUUGUGACAUAUGCUUGCUACUUGUAACUUUUUAUAUGAAGAUACAUAAAAAUGUGUAAUAAUUUCCUAACUUGAGUUAAGAGAAAUGUUUUCUUCUAUUAGAGAGAUAAAAAAACAGAUUUACAUAAAUACACACUUUAUAUAAACUCUUUCCCAACUGUUAGGCUACAGAAGGUCCUUUAAGUACUGAAGUUUACUUCCCUAAAUAUUUGAUUUCUAAAAUUUUGUGGAAUAUGUUCUCCUUUUGAAAUAAGAAAGUCUUUUUUAUGCUUUAAAAUCACAGGCCCUUUAUAACCUAAAUUACACCAUUCUGAAUUAUUUGUAUACUAAGGCACACAUGACACCCCAAAGCUUACUGAUUAUGAUUGUGUUUCAUACAAAUAAAGUAAACUCCUUAACUGCUGUUGAAUUAUAUACUCAAUCUAUGACAUUUAGUUUAAUGAGUGGUUACUUUUUAAAACAUUGGAUGUGUAUUUGCAGAAAAGAAAUUUUAAAAAACAGAACUUCUAUAAGUGUGCUUACCAGCAUUUUCAAAACUGCUGAAUUCUGAAGGUUAAACGAAUUCUUUCCUUCAAAUAACAAAGCAGUCUUAGCUACCACAGUAGAUGUAACUCAAGCAGGCUUUACAAACCAAAUAGGUCAAUUAUUGGAACACAUCCCUGUUAGAAAAUCAGUUUCAUAGACAUUACUAAACAAAUUAAUGGGAAAGUAAAAUUAUUUAACUGAAAAAUUAAAGUAUUACCGUAUGAAUUCUGAGUAUUCUGUGUUUUCAAAAAUGUCAAUCUGCAGAAAUAAUCAUUUCCAUGGAUUUGAUAAAUUGGUAAAUAGGAAAAAAAAAAUGUGUUCUUUUUUCCUGCACUUGUAAUUUGAACUUGAUAAAGAAAGCUAUUUUUUUCAAUAUUCUGCUAUAUAUUUUUAUAUAUGUUACUUGUGUUAAAAUUCACCCUUUUUGUUUGACUUGACUGGUUUAUUACCGUGCUUACUUUUAUGCCCUCUAUUUCAAAAUGUGUCCUGCCAGAGAUUAUUUUAUAAGUGAGCCGUAUUUGAUAUCGUUUUCUCUCUUUGGAAAUCUGCACAAGGCCCUUUAGACUUUGAAUGAAUAAUCUCAGAAAAUAUCAUAUACAGGUCAAGAAUUCUUAUUUAUAACAGCACAAAAGAUAAGACAAUCAAUGAGUUGUGAGGCAUUUACAAUUCACUUGUCUUGUAGCUGUCCACAGGACUUUGUCCCCUACAGUUCUUCGUAAAUAUUCAGAAUACCUCUGAGCUGCUGGCUCUUUGCUUAGAAGGUAUUUGCACCAAAAUCUAUCAAUGAAAACUUUUUCUUUCUUUUUUCUUUUUUUUAACAUCAAACUAAAUGAUGUAAUGAUAAAAUUGGGUAUCUAACGAUAUAUUCAAUACACAUGGCUCCAGAGGUUGUGUGUGUGUGUGUGUAUACACACACACACACACACACACACACACAUAUGAUGUUCAAAUGCUUGGCCUCCUCAGCAGUAAUACUGAAAAUAUUUAGCAUAUGGCACUAGGCACUGACUCAUCAGGAAGGAAGAUAUUGUUAGUUCUUGGGCAGGAUGCUGGGGCUCCUUUAUUGUCCCCAGUAAUAGGUCUAAAUGCUGGAUCUUAGAAGUGAGGGGCUCCAGGGGACUUGGGAGACAUUCUUUGAAGGACCCUGGAGGUGGCUAUUUAAAAGUCAGUAUUGAAAUCUAACAGAAUAUUAAAAACUCACAUUUACUGACUCCAACAGUCCCUGUCAUCUUAAUAUCAAUCUUGGGCCUACAUUCAAGGGGGGGAACACAUAUAGGUAAGGGAUGAGCUGUUUCAAGACUUUUAAAUCCAUUUAUUUUAAUAAAUAAUUCUGAUUUGAAAAAGUGAAUUCAAAUAUUAUUAAUGGAAGUGCUUUGUAAAUUCAAUGAAGUGUCUUUGAGUCAUGUGAUAAGUUAACUCAGUAUGUUAAUUUGAUAACAGCUAUUUAUUUUCAUGUUAAUAAUUAUGUUUGAAUUCACUUUUCAAAAUCUUGGAGGCCUAUCAUAAUAUGUGCAACACCUUUUAAGCCCUGAGUUAAGUUGUUUCCUUCUCUCCAAGUGCACCUUUAGCUUUCCAGCUCCAGGUUGGUGUGCUGAUGUGCAAAGGAGAUCGUUUUGUACCUGCUUUCACACACAUGCCAUUUUCAUGCCUCAAAUUGCAAAAUAGACAUAUGUGAUAUUUAAUUUGCCAUAAUUAACUUCUGUUUGAUUAGAUAAUUACAAUGUAACUAUAAAUAUAAUUGGAGAUUACUGUCUUUGGGCUUUUGAAGGAGCAUUUAAAGGAGAAUUUAAACGAGAUAUUGUGGAGAUGCUGGCUUUUCUGUCUCACAUACACUUUUUUUCUGUUAAAAAUAUUUCAGUGGUCUCACUGACACCAUAAACUAUAAUCAUGUGCUAAAUAAGGUUAGGUUGUUAACAUGACUUCAAUAUACACUUAAGCUAUUGCAUCCACUUUUUCUAUACUUUUCCCCUAGGAAUUUGAGUUUUCCUCAAAAUUGAUACAUUUAAAAAAUUUUCAUGAAUGGAUUUUCCUUGACCUCAGAAUAUCAUAACAAAUUCUAAAAAUAUGAUACUGAUUUCCUGUUAUUUUUAUUAAAUAGUGGAAAGUAACCUACUGAUGUUUUGGAGAUGAAACAAUUAAUAGCUUUUAUCUUGUAUAGGAAGUUUAUAAAUUUUGGUGAUGAAAAUGAGUCCUGUCAGAUUCCAACUCUGGAGGAAGGUUAAAUAAGUAAAAUCUUUUCAAUUCUCUGUCUCCUAAAUGUUUAUGAUUGGAAAAGUGAGUUUAAACUGUGUCUUACUUCACUGAAGCAACUUAAUUCCCGUGUUGUGUUAAUCUGAACAUCUUUUCCUUUGCUCAUUUUUAUCUAUCGCAGUGAUGGCACAAGGGAUCCAGCAAAUAAAUAUUUGUUAAAUCAAUAAAGGAAUCAAAGAAA